AGGUGACUCCAUCUUCAAGGUCCAUUUCUUCACACCAAACUUCUCUCCAGCGGGAGCCGUCGGCUGUUACGACACCAGCGUCUGCAUGUGUCACGGGGAGUUCGUGACGUAUCACAGCCCUCCGCUGGUGUUCGAGCUCAGCGGGGAUCCAUCAGAGAGCCGUCCGCUCUCACCGGACACUGAGCCGCGGUUGGCAGAGGUGCUGGAGCGGGUCGAACGGGCCGUGACGGAGCACCGCAGAACUCUGACGCCGGUGGAGAGACAGCUGACGUGGGCAAAGGUCCUGUGGAAGCCGUGGCUGCAGCCCUGCUGCGGGACCUUCCCUUUCUGCUCCUGCGAGGAGAGCCACCACACGUCUGCAGGAGCAGAGUGAAGAACCCGACGCCACAGGAGAAAAACAUUCACAAAGAUAACUGCAACUUGUACCUUCUGAAAAGGUACCAACCCCAGUGACAGCUUUUGUACC